AUGGCACUGGGCCGCACACUGGAACCGGGCCGCACACUGGCACCGGGUCGCAAACUGGCACCGGGCCGCACACUGGCACCGGGUCGCAAACUGGCACCGGGUCGCACACUGGCACCGGGCCGCACACUGGCACCGGGUCGCACACUGGCACCGGGUCGCAAACUGGCAACGGGCCGCACACUGGCACCGGGUCGCACACUGGCACUGGGUCGCACACUGGCACCGGGCCGCACACUUCGGGCCGCACACUGGCAAACACUGGCACCGGGUCGCAAACUGGCUAAUGGCCGCACACUUUACACCGGGGCAGCACACUGGCACCGGGUCUCAAACUGGCACCGGGUCGCAAACUGGCACCGGGCCGCACAUUACACCGGGCCGCACACUGGCACCGGGUCGCAAACUGGGACCGGGCCGCACACUGACACCGGGCCGCACACUGGCACCGGGUCGCAAACUGGGACCGGGCUGUGGACCAUUUUGUACCGGACAGCAUAA